CCCGGCAGCGGCAGGCUCCUCUCCGGCUCCCCAGCAGCGGCUCGGCCGCCCGGCGCCCCCCGCCAUGAGGAAGUUCUGCCUCUCCACGGUGGGGAUCCUGUCCAUGACCCUGCUCAUCGCCAGCGUCGCCCUGCUGGUGGCCCACGUCCUCCAGAGAGCGGUGGACCUGCAAGUGAAAGAGGGAACAGUACUAAAGAAUGGCACAGAAACCUUUGACCUCUGGGAAGACCCUCCUCCACCAGUCUACAUGCAGUUCUACUUUUUUAAUGUGACCAAUCCUCUAGAAGUGGUCAGUGGAGAUACCCCUUUUGUGGAAGAAAUAGGGCCGUACACCUACAGAGAGUACAGGCCAAGAGUGAAUGUUCAUAUUUUGGACAAUGGCACCAGAGUCUCUUCUGUGAACCCAAAGACCUAUGUAUUUGAACCAGAGAAGUCUGUUGGAGACCCUGCAGUUGAUCUGAUCAGGACAGUAAAUAUUCCUGCAGUGACUGCAAUGGAAUGGGCCAAAUCGACUUCUCUACGGCUACCCACAGAGAUUCUCCUAAUAUUAUACCAAGAAAACUUGUUUAUGACACACACUGUCCACGAAUUACUGUGGGGCUACAAAGACAAACUUUUGUCAACCCUUCAUGUGCUUCAUCCUGAGAUUGAUUCAGAGUUUGGCUUAUUUAAUAAGAUGAAUGGAACGGAUGACGGUGAAUAUGUUGUUCUCAGUGGGAAAAUGAACUACCUUAACUUCUCGAAGAUCGUGGAGUGGAAAGGAAAAGAGUCACUGAACUGGUGGACCACAGAGUCAUGUAAUAUGAUCAAUGGGACAGAUGGAAGUGCUUUCCACCCAUUGAUAAGCACAGAUGAAACAAUUUAUGUCUUUUCUUCUGAUUUCUGCAGAUCUCUGUAUGUAACUUUUGAUAGCUUUGUGAGUGUGUCUGGAAUCCCUGCCUAUCGGUUUGUGCCCCCUGAAAAGGUGUUUGCCAAUACGUCAGUGAACCCAGACAAUGCAGGAUUCUGUGUGCCAGCAGGAAACUGCCAUGGCUCAGGUGUCCUGAACGUCAGCGUCUGCAAGCAGGGUGUCCCGAUCCUUUUAUCGGCCCCACAUUUUUACCAAGCAGAUGAGAAGUAUAUUAAGGACAUACAGGGCAUGCAUCCCAGAAAGGAGGAUCAUGAAACAUUUCUGGACAUCAAUCCUCUGACGGGGAUAGUUGUACAAGCAGCCAAGAGAAUGCAGAUCAAUGUUCUUGUCAGAAAACUAGAUGGAUUUAUUGAAACAGGCAGCGUCAGAACAUUGGUUUUCCCCGUGGUGCAUGUAAAUGAGAGUGUUCUGAUUGACGAAGCAUCUGCCAAAAAACUGAAGAGCGUUCUGUUUGAAGCCACGGUUGUAACCAGCAUCCCCUUCAUAAUCAUGGCAUUAGGAAUUAUUUUUGGGAUUUGUUUCAUUGUGCUCGUAUGCUGGCCCCCUGGAACAAGGGAAGAGGUUAGAGAAGUGUUAAUAGACCCAGAGUAAAUGCACCCAAACAAAGCUAUGCAGCCAGUUUAAGAUACACGGUAAGAGUUCUGAAGAGGAAAGGGCUCCGCUCAUCAGGACAUCCUAAUCUUCUUUUUUUCCCCUUCCCAUGUGAGCUUGGUGAAUACACUAUGCAAGUUGAUCUAAUACCGAACACUACCCGGCAUUCAGCAUUCUAAAAACCCACCAUGCUAAUUAUAAUUAUUUGUAGUACAGGGAUGGAAAAAACUAAAAUGCUAGUGAAUGAGGAAACUGUUCUUCUCAGCUGCUAAAUAAGUUUUAAAACCAGAUAUUAAAAUGACUUGAGAUCCUGCUUUAUUAACUAGUGUUUAAUAUUCCCAGUGCUGUUGAAAGCCUUAAAAGCUCAGAACCACUAUAUCAGUGAGAGUAUAAUACCCUGAUUCAUGUAUUAGAAUUACGUGGGGUAAACUUUGUAAAUGGACCUUAGUAAUGUGGGCUCCUAAGUCCCUUUUGAAAAUGGAACUUAAGCAUCUUUGAAAAUAUUGCCCUAGGUUUAAUUUUGUCUUUUGUGUAGAGUACACUUGACUUCUUAUUAACAGAGUGUGAAUGGAUUGUUUUAGUAGUUACACAUCAUGCCUUUCACCUCCAAAAUUGUUUUGUGAAUCUAAGCCAAAAUGGUAAAUGAGGCCUAUUUAAUCAUACCUAGUUUUCAGUUAAGAAGCCAAGUACUUGAUAGCACAUUUUCGUACAGCACCUUGAUCUGUCCCAGUAUUGCUUGAAAUCCCAUUGUGUGGUAUUAAUAAAAUGCCCUGGAAAGUUUUUAAUUUUUAAUUGUUUUUUACACUGGAAAACAAAGGGUUGGUUAGCUGAGGGUACAAUAGAGCGUUCUCCUUUUUUCCUGUGUCAGUGUCUCACCAAUAUCUAUUCUGUGGAGCACUGUACAGGCAGAUGUUGCAAGGGUAUUUGUAAUUGCAUUCAACAUUUAGGAAACCUACAGACCUUCUGUGUUGAGGUAUGUUUGGAACAUAAAGGAAAGCAGCAUAAAUGUUUUUUAAAAAUACUGGUAGCUUAAAAUAUCAUAAGGGUACCUUUUUUCUGUCCAUGAGGAAGAGCAUUCUCACAAAUAUAUUUCCAUCAAAUAAAAUCAGUGAAAAAUUGAGACCUACUUUUCUGACUGGCUGAACACUCAUGCGUAGGAUAUGUAUCAGAGGGGUAGCCGUGUUAGUCUGGAUCUGUAAAAAGCAACAGAGAGUCCUGGGGCACCUUUAAGAUGCGUCCGACGAAGUGGGCAUUCACCCACAAAAGCUUAUGCUCCAAUACAUCUGUUAGUCUUAAAGGUGCCACAGGACUCUCUGUUGCUUUCCACAUGCGUAGGAUGUUAGCCUAUCAAUUGUUCAGCAAUCCAGACCAUUUUGGGCUGGCCCAGUCAGAAAAGCUCAUUAUUAUCACUAUUAUUAUUUAUUAUCUGUAUUACUGUAGCAUCGAGGAGCCCAAGUCCUGGACCAGAGCCCCACUGUGCUGUGGUCUAUAGAUUUGUACCAAUCACAGAAGGCUAGAGAAACUGGCAUUGCACCAGGCUGACUUCUUCAGCCGACUGGCUCCUCUUCUAUGCAAGCCAAAACCAACCAAAUAAUAAUCAUCCAAAUUCAGGCAUCUGCCGCGCUGCCUGGCUGAGGAUAAGGGCUCCUGUACAUAAUGGAGCUCCCAACCUAUCGUGAUCUGCAAGUGUGCUCCCAAUGAGUGAGAGACUCAGGCUAGCCAACUACAGCCAUUCAUCUCAAGGGAUUUGCUCUGCAGUAAUGUCUCCAUUUAACCUCAUGAGAGGAAACUGUCCAGCCCUCAUCUGCCCGGUGAUUGGCCAGGAUGAAAAUAAUACCAUGCGAAAACCCUUGUGGGUGAGGGGGUUUGGAACUCUGCCCUAGCUUUACCCCAAAUGUUGUUCUGCGGGAGGGGAGAAUCUUCCUUUGCCACUUGUGUAGAUUCCAGUUGCAGAUACCCUCCUCCCCAUCACCCCAGUCUUUGAGUCCCAGGACCCCUUUCUUUCUUUCCUUGGCUGACCUCUGGAAUAAACCUGCCAGCUAAGGAGAACCCAAUAGCUUUGGCCCAGGGUCCCUUUUAAAUUCUUCCCUGUAUUCGGAAAGGGGCAGCUACAGACUUCCCAGUGCUGCUGGUAAAAGGCUACAUCCCUCUCAGAUGAAGGGCCAGCCUUCCUUAGCUGGGGAAACUGAGUCAGUAGCUGCAGAGCCUGUGUUCUGGGAGUGGGCCUUUUGCAGUACGUUAUGCUAAAUCAGGAACUCUAGAUCACCUUUCUGUCUCAGUCUUUAUGUUGUACAGGUCAGAUCAUUGUAUGAUCCACAUUGAAAUAGAGCACCGUGUGGAAAAGCUAUCUGUGCACAACAAUGGUAACCUACAAAUCAUCUACAAAGCCUCGGGUAUUUUCUGAGGAAGUCAUUUUGAAAGCAUUAUUCCUGAUAAAACAACAAGGCCUCACAGGGUGAAAUUCAUCCUAGCGCAGAGGACCAGCAGAGGGACUACGCAUUGCUGCAAAAUACCAGUCCUCAUGCCACUGUCCAAACCAAGUAGUCGUGGACUCGGCUGAGAUGUCAGGAACAGGUUUUGUCCCAAGGACUCAACUGCUGUGCAGGAUCCCCUGCCCUGGGGUGAAUUUAACCCCAACAUAUCCAUUUUAAAAUGUUACAUUCUGCUUAUUGGGUCAGAUCCUCAGCUGAUGUAAAUCCAUGGAGCGCUGUCAAAGUCAGUGAUGCUGUGCCAAUUUACAUCUCUUCAGGGUCUGGCUCAUUGUUCCUUUCCAUUUAUUGAUUAAUUAGCUGAACUCUUCAAAUGUCUGAAUGACUGUGUCUAGAGGUUUGUGUAUAUGCUACAGCAGGUUAAGCUGCUUCUUGGUUUUGUUACUUCAUUGCUCCAAUGUUUCCAUUCUCUACCUUGCUCUGAAGAAUUUCCCCCCCAAGGAACAUCUGUUUCUUAAAUCUCCACUAGACCGUAGGGAAGAGGUCUUAUCUGUCUAAAAUACAGGAAAGGUGGUUAUUUUAAUAAACGUUUCCAUUUUA